UGCAAACUCUGCAGAGCCAUCAGUCUUGAGCUGCUGCUGUGCUUUGGCGUAGCUCGUGAAUUUAUAAGAAAAAAAAAACAUAUCAGCGCCACGAACUGGGGCGCAAGUGUUUUGAAAACUUUCAUUCAACAAAAGUGCUUUCGUCUUAACGCGUAGGCCAAAGAAAGUGAAAUGUCUGCUCAGCUGAACUUUGCCAACAAAAAACUAUCGUGCUCGUUAAAAGUGAAAAUGUGCUCAACCUACACCAUGGACGUUACCUAAUAAUCGAUAAAUGAAUCGCAGUGUUUGAAUUUAGAAAAAUUAAAUAUUAUCUGACCUAUCCUACAUAAACGUAUUCAGCACCGAUGUGGAGUACGUGGCCAUCGGGCGGCAGAAUCCGCCGCGGAUAUCGCUGAAGCGUACCCCGCUCGAAGGCAUGUGUCCACCGCGGGAGGCUCCGCCCUGUGUUCCGGCCAGCCGACGUUAUCGAACCCACGACGGGACCUGUAACAACCGUCGUCGCCCUCGCUGGGGUUCGGCCCAGAUGCCGUUUCAUCGCUUUCUGGCCCCGGAAUACGCCGACGGAGUCGAAGGGAUCAGACGCUCACUAAACGGCAACAUCCUACCCUCGGCCCGUUUCGUCAGCCUGGUAGUUCACGGAGCCCGACAGGAGGAAGCCCCGGUCACGAUGAUGUUGGCCCUUUGGGGUCAACUGUUAGAUCACGAUUUAACGGCAACGGCGCAGCCGCGAAGCCUAAACGGUUCGACGCCCCGGUGCUGCGGUCAAAAUGACGACGAUCUACAUCCGUCCUGUUUACCGAUCAAGGUGCCGAUCGAUGAUCCGUGGCUUUCACCACUUGGGGUGCGUUGUCUCGAGUUUCUCCGAUCGGCCCCGGCCCAACGGCGAGAUUGUCUACUAUCUUGGCGGGAGCAAACCAACCAAGUUACCUCCUAUAUCGACGCCUCGCCGAUCUACUCGAGCAGUCCCCGUUCCUCGGACAAUGCCCGGAUCUUCCGCGAUGGGCAGCUUCUGUUCGGCCGGGGGCCUCCCAGUGAAGAUGUUUGCUUCCGGGCGGCUUUGGCCAACCAAUGUAUCAGACCGGGGGAUGCCCGCAGCGGAGAACAGCCAGGUUUGAUGAUGCUACACAUGAUAUGGGUUAACGAGCAUAACCAGAUAGCCGCCCGGUUGUCCAACAUCAAUCCCCAUUGGAGUGAUGAAAAGUUAUAUCAAGAAACGCGGCGAAUCGUUGGAGCAAUGUUUCAGCACAUCACUUAUCGGGAAUUUUUGCCCGUCAUUUUGGGAAAAGAAGUGAGUCGUUUGUUCGACUUGGAGCUAACCAAUAGCGGCUUCUACACCGGUUAUGAUCCGGAGAUAAAUCCCACCAUCUCUAACGAAUUUGCCGCUGCCGCUUUCCGUUUCGGUCAUUCGCUAAUUCAAGGUUCGUACCUGCGAGCGGACUCGUUCCACAGAUUUAUUCCGAACAAUGUCACUCUUCAUGACGAAUCGGCGGACGGUGAUCUUGGUGGACCGGGAUCUUUGCAUCGGCUGAUACGUGGAAUGGUAAAUCAACGGGCUCUGAAGCGUGACGAAUUCAUAACACCGGAAUUGACCAACCAUCUGUUUCAAACCAAGAAUUUUCCCUUCGGUUUGGAUUUGGCUGCGAUCAAUAUACAACGGGGCAGGGAUCAUGGCAUUCAGCCUUACGUAAACUGGAGAGUACCUUGUGGACUCACUCCUAUUCGUGAUUUUGACGACUUAGAACGGGUUAUGGGGCCAGCUUCGGCUCUGAGACUUCGCAAAGCCUAUCGUUCGGUUGAUGAUAUUGAUCUUUUUGUGGGUGGCUUGGCUGAACGGCCUGUCGUAGGAGGUGUUGUAGGUCCAACCUUUUCCUGCAUCAUUGCUCAACAAUUUAGUAAUCUCCGGAAGGGAGAUCGAUUCUGGUACGAAAAUCCCGGUUUCGAGUCAUCAUUCACUCCGGCUCAGUUAGAAUCGAUUCGACAGGUCGCCUUCUCACAAGUUUUGUGUCGCUCGUUAGGAGGAGGAACGAUGCAACCACACGUUUUCCUACCAACUGACAGAGGACAAAACGAUAGAAUACCUUGUGACUCUAAACUUAUGUCUCCAAUCGACCUAGAACCAUGGACUGAACUAGACCCCUCAGUACCGAACAACUUUAUCAACCAAGACGCUAUUCCCUUCUCAACGACUUCAACUGCCAGGACACCGGUGGCUAAUCCAAACGUUAUCAAUAAGGUUGACUUCAUACCGAACGCAAACACCGGAGUUCAAAUACCACCCAACGGACAAAUUGUAUUGAAUACUCCUCAAACUGCAACAACCAUCAAUAAUAAACUAGACAUUAACAACCCGGUGACAUCUCGACCACAAUCUUUUAAUGGACAGAGACCAGUCAAUCAAAAUCGACCACAAUCUUCUAGACCAAUAGUACAGAAUCAACAACCACAGUCGAACGUACUGAGACCAAACCAAGGUCAAAAUAACCAACAACAACCACAAGUGAACGCACAAAGACCAAACCAGGUUCAGAGCAAUCAACAACCAGCAUCACCGGUCAUCAACAAUAAACUAGACUUCUCGGAAACAACACAAAAACCUCAACGCAAACCGACCAGAAAGACUAAACCGAAAAUACCCGACGGUAACCUGAGCAUAAGAGAAGACAACAGUGGGAACAGUAACCUUAACGACAAUACCAUUGACAACACGCAAAAUAAUAUUAAUGACAACAUCAGGUUAGAAGGAAAUGUUAUCAAUCUUGAAAAACCUAUCGAAAACAACAACAACGUACCCAACAACAAUGGACAGAACAACCGGCCCAACGUCGUUAACAAUACCGUGAACAACAACGCCAAUACGUUGAACAAUAGACCAAACGUUAUCGAUGGACCCAACAAUCAACAAAACAGUAACGUUAACAGACCGAAUACGAUCAGCGGACAAAACAAUAAUAACGGACCGAACAACAAUAGACCUAACAAUAACGGACCCAACAACAAUAGACCUAAUAACAGACCCGGGAACAACCAACCUACCAAUAGACCCAACAAUAAUGGACCUAACAAUAGUCGACCCAACAAUAAUGCAAAUAACAAUGGACAGAACAAUGCCAACAAUAGACCGAACAAUAACGUAAACAAUAACAAUGUGCAGAGCAACAACAACGGACCUAACAAAAGACCGAACAAUGAUGGGGACAAUCAAAACAACAACAACCGACCGAACAAUAACGCCAACAUUAGACCGAACGCCAACGUCAACAAUGGAUUAAACAACGGCAACAGUGUAGUGAAUGACAACAGACCGAAUAGUAACGCUAACAAUAGACCGAACGCCAACGUCAACAAUGCAGUUGUGAACAAUAACAACAAUAGACCGAACAAUAACGUCAACAAUAACGUCAACAAUAGACCGAACGCUAACGUCAACAAUGGAGAAAACAAUAACGCUAACAACAGACCAACUGUACAGAAUGACAGACCCACGAAUAAUAACAAACCGAACAAUAGCGGGAACAACAACGGUAACAAGCGACCGAUCAACAACGGACAGAACAACGUUAACAACAAUAACAGACCGAAUUCGAACAACAAUGUGGUUAACAAUGACAACUUCAAUAGACUCAAUAACAGCUGGAUUGAUCACAAACCAGACUUCAGUAAUAGUAUAGGCAACAGACCGAACAACAACAACAAUAGACCGAACAACGCUAUCAACAGACCAAACAAUCCGAAUAAUGGACCAAACAAAAAGCGAGUUAACAAUAGACCUAACAACAAUACCAACAACAUAGGUAACAAGAGACCAAUCAAAAAGCGACCAAACAACCCCAACAAUAAACCACCCAGCCAAAACUUAAACCAAUUGAAAACCGUACUGAACGAUGAGAUAAACGACAGCACGGAAAGUGAACAACAAGACAUUUCUGCUGAAUUUGACACCGACAUAGACGAGACCCUGAAUGACAAUUUUAUUGACGGUGACAGCAUUUUAGAACGAACCUUGGACAUAAACUUGACCGAUACCAAAUCCCACACUAUAACGAAACGAGACGUGACAGUUAUCAACCUAUCCAAACUGUUUGCUGCUGACGAUAACGUGACCUUAUCAAGAAAGACUUCGGCAGUGCGACGAGGAUACUACCCGCAAACUACUGACGACUACGAUGACGUGAACAAUUAUGACUACAACAGCGACGGAGACCCACCAGUAUACGUGAAACAAGGCUACGGCUAUGGAACCGAACCACCACCACCACCACCUCUUCCUCCGAAUCCUUAUGAUUACGGAACGACCUUAGAACCACCACUUCCACCUCCUCCAUACUACGGCUACGGCUACGGACUAGACACUCGAAAACCACUCCGAGCUACGACUCCCAAACGUGGACUCUCGAAUAAGAUCAUUAGCAACAACCAAAACUCGAACGGAAGACAAACUACGCCAAGACCGCAAACGCAACGAACGACUACUUCCAAAACUGUUUUUCAACAACCUGGACUACUAGUAAUAAACAACAGUAAACCUAACAACAAGCCUAUUUUUCUUUCCUCUUCCUCUUCUCAACCUUCAGCUUCUCUAUCUGCUUCACCUUCUUCUCCUGUAUUUCUUCUAAGCUCUAGCAAUCCUUCUUCUGCUGCUUCACAAUCUGUUUUCUCAGUCGACCCUCGACCUCAGUUUUCCUCUCGACCUAACGCUCAACCUCCACCUUUCUCUUCAACUACUUUCACUCAGAAAAAAACUCCGCUCAAAAGCGGUCUCAAGGAACUUAGAACUUCUGACGACCUACUUGAUCAACUGACGUUCGAAACCGACGCUGACUAUGAAAGUUUAGUACCUGACUCAAAUCGUUCCGAGGAACAGAACGAACAAGACCAUGACGGAUAUCUCCGACCGGAACAAAACAAAUACGAACCAAUCAAGAAGACUUCCGACAUGGAGACGUAUCGUGACUACUUCGGAUACAAUAAACCAGGAAAAGAAAAGACAUAUGUAAUACACAGUACUAACGCUUCACUUUGGACGGCUGACAAUGACAUUUCCUUCGAACGAUACGCCAACCGACAUCAACAGCCUUUACACCACGACGACGAUGAUUUGGACCAAUUUGUCGGACCGCUAAUUGACAACAGUGACAUGACCGAGACAAAUGUGGACACGACUACAAACCCGAGUACUGGACACUUUGACACUGUAAUUGAAAUUACGGAUAAAGUUGACACGAAAACAGUGGACCAGUUUGACCAUACAAAUGAAUCUUUUGAGCAACUCAAGACUGAAGAGCCUGUCGUAGUUUUAGGGACUGUUGCUACCAAGACGGAAACAAAGACUAAGACAAAUGAGGACAAAACUAUCAGUCUUACCGCUGCCGGACCAAACAUUGAAUUAGACAAAUCAAACGACUAUGACAAUAUUGAACUUGACUUUUACCCUGACGUCCAGGCUCGUAUGCCUGAUCGAAAUUCUAUACAAUCUGUUCUAUCGGACGACGAACCAGACGAAAACAAACUGAACGAAGACCCGACUGAUCACCAUUUGAACCAACCAGAACGCCCUAGCACGAAUCAACUACAGAAACGAAGACGACGACCGACUGGAAACCAGACCAGACGACAGCCAGGAAUCGCGAUGGUGCCGUUCGUCCUCCUGACCAGUAUCGAAAGACCCGACAACUGGUUGAUGUUCAAUGUGGCCAAGUCAAAAAAGCGAAACCCACUUCCGGAGGUGCCACAACUAAAGAGCGACAUAUUCUCGCUGAGUGAACUUCCGAAGCCCAUCGUUGCAGAAGACUGAUACGGUUGACUGACAUACGAAGACGAUACUCGACGGAACUUAACUGCUUAAACGACUUCUAAAAGAACUUGCCGAUGACCUGUACAGAAUACUUCUAUCUUCAAGACAGACCCUUUUUCGAUAGUAUCUAUCUGGAUUCCAGAGCAACAAGACAUUUUAAACGAGCACAUUUUUAUCUGACAUACGAAGAAGAUACGCGACGGAACUUUAACUGCUUAAACGACUUCUAAAAGAACUUGCCUAUGACAAGAAAUUAUAAACGAGGUACCAACACCACCACUAUUGACUGACAUACGACGACGAUACUCUACAGAACUUUAACUGCUUAAACGACUUCUAAAAGAACUUGGCUAUGACCUCGAUAGUAUCUUUCUGAAUUCCGGAGCAACAAGAAAUUUUAAACGAGCUAUCAGCACCACUACGAUUGACUGACAUGCGAACACAAUACUCGACGGAACGACUUCCGAACGAACUCGCCUCUGACCUGAACAACUUUCUUCUAGCUUCAACAACCUCUUAAACUUUCUGUUUCUUUCUUCCUUUUUCCAUCUUCUAGAAUCUGAUAAUUUUAUUUCUCUCGUCUUUCCUCUGUCUUAUAACGAAAACUUCUUCUAUUCUUAGAAAUACUUUGACUUUUUACUCCUCUAUGACUUGAAAGAAUCACGUGACGCGACUAAUUUGUACUAAACCUACUUUUAUGUGAUCAAUGAAUGGUAGAAAAAAUUUACGCCCCCUUAUGAUAUACGUCAACCGGAUAUACGUCCAAAGGUUCAGCCAUUGUUGUCGUUGUUCUUGCUGUUGUUGAACAUGAAUUAUAGGUGAUCGAUCACGUUAGCACUUUUAUAACAGAAAACUUACUCCUUGUUAUCGAUUAUUUAUUUAUUUAUUCUAGAUAUUUAUUCAAUACAAUUAUCAACAUUUUUUUUUACUACGAAAA